CAGCGUGUAUUUACCGAGGAGUCUGGUUUUCCAUCAUCUCUCCAUGAAAACAUUCCUUGUUGUGUAUCUUUUGCGACGCUUAGAGAUCUCAUCGAGAUGAUAAAUAAUAGCAUUUGAGCUGGUUCCAUGUGUUGAUCUUUAAAAUCCUGAGGCCUAGUUCUCCCACCAUCCUCUUCCUCCGACUCACCUCCCAUUUCAUACGUUUAUAUCGCGCAUUAAAUGGACGUUGUUGGUGACUGAUGAAGGAAUGAUCCUAAUGAUCAGUUAGCAGCUGAGGAGAAUGAGGUCACUUCCUGAAACCUGCAGCCACACUGUGACCUGAGGGUAAAAUUCCAGAGAAAGGAAUUUUGAAGAGCAUUCCCACCCUUCCACUGACAUACAGACCAUGAGAUAUAAUGGUAUCUAGUUUGGACAUAACAGGCAGAUAACAACGGUUACGUUCACAACGACUUUUAAAAGGCCUCGCACACAAAACAGGCUGUGACCCCGAACAACCAGAAAUGAACGACUCCAAAGAAGUCUUCUCCUGCUCCUUGUGUUCUUUUUCCGACACCUCUCCAAUUGACCUCCACAACCACAUCGAGACAUGCCACUAUGAGGAAUCGAGAGAAAUUAAAUCUGAAAACAUGAUGCCCACAGGAUGCUCCAGUAGUGAGCAGAACACUUUACCAUCUACCACCAAUCGCAAACCACUGGAGGAGGAUCUUUACCAAUACCCAGAAUGUGGAAACAGUCUUGCUCAAGACAUUGAUCUCAAAACACGCCAACACCUCCUUACCGAAGAAAAGCUGUAUCAGUGCUUGGAGUGCGGGAAAAGUUUUAACUGCCAAGCUAAUCUGAAAGUACACCAGCGCAUUCACACGGGAGAGAAACCGUAUAAUUGCCUUCAGUGCGGGAAGAGUUUUGCACAGUCGGGUCAUUUUCAACAACACCAGCGCGUUCAUACGGGAGAAAAGCCGUAUCAGUGCUCGGAUUGUGGGAAGAGCUUUACUCGUCAAGCUAAUCUCCGGACGCACCAACGCACUCACACCGGCGAGAAUCGGCAUCAGUGCUCACAGUGUGGAAAGAGUUUCACUUACCGAAGUAAUCUCGAAAUACACCAGCGUGUUCACACCGGAGAGAAGCCGUAUAACUGUGUACAGUGCGGGAAGAGUUUUGCGCAAGUGGGUCAUUUUCAACAACACCAGCGCGUUCACACGGGAGAAAAGCCGUAUCGGUGCUCACACUGUGGAAAGAGUUUUGCACAAGUGGGUCAUCUUCAACGGCACCAGACCGUUCACACCGGAGAGAAACCGUAUCGCUGUUCGCUGUGUGGAAAGUGUUUUGCUGAAAGUGGUACUCUUACAUCACACAUGCGCGUUCAUACAGGAGAGAAGCCAUAUCGCUGCUCGCAGUGUGGAACGCGUUUUACCAAAAGCGGUAGCCUCAAAGCACACAUGCGUAUUCAUACAGGAGAGAGACCUUUCCAAUGCUUACAGUGUGGGAAGAGUUUUUAUUGCCGGAGCCCUCUCCUAAUACAUCAGCGUAUUCACACGGGAGAGAAACCGUUCCAAUGCUUACAGUGUGAGAAGAGUUUUUAUUGCCGCAGCCGUCUGCAAGUACAUCAGCGCAUUCAUACGGGAGAGAGACCGUUUCCCUGCUUUCAGUGUGGGAAGAGUUUUUACUGCCGGACCCAUCUCCAAAUUCAUCAGCGCAUUCACACGGGAGAGAGACCGUUCCACUGCUUACACUGUGGGAAGAGUUUUUAUUGCCGGACCCAUCUCCAGAUACAUCAACGCAUUCACACCGGAGAGAAACCGCAUGUCUGCUCACAGUGUGGCAAGAGUUUUAGUCUGCUGAGUAGUCUCAAAGUACACCAGCGCGUCCACACAGGAGAGAAGCCGUAUCAUUGCCUACAGUGUGGGAAGAGUUUUGCACAAGUAGGUCAUCUCCAACAACACCAGCGCGUUCACACCGGACAAAAGCAGCAUCACGGAGCACGAGUGGCUCAACCUCAAAAAGUCCAACCUGUUCACACGGGACAGAAGUUGUAUCGCUGUACACGGUGUGGGAAGAGUUUUACUAAGCGUCGUGCGCUCAAAGCACACGUGCGCAUUCACACAGGAGAGAGACCCUAUAACUGCCUUCAGUGUGGCAAGAGUUUUUAUUACUGGACCUACCUCCAAAUACACCAGCGCAUUCACACAGGAGAGAAGCUGUAUAUCUGCACGCAGUGUGGCAAGAGUUUCGGUCUGCUGAGUACUCUCAAAGUUCACCAGCGCGUUCACACUGGAGACAAGCCGUAUGUCUGCUCCCAGUGCGAAAAGAGUUUCAGACUGCUGAGUAAUCUCCAAGUGCAUCAGCGUAUUCACAAGUCAUAUCAAAUGAGCAACACUGUGGCGUUAUUCUCCUGCUCCUUAUGUCCUCUUUCCUACACAUCUCAAAUUGACCUUGAUGACCACAUCGAGACAUGCCACUAUGAGAAAGGAGAAAUUAAAUAUGAAAACAUGAUGCCCACUGGAUGCUCCAGUAGUGAGCAGAGCACUUUACCGACUACCAGCAAUCACAAACCACUUGAGGAAUAUCUUCACCAAUACCCAGUCUGUGGGAACAGUUUUACUCAAGAGAUUGAUGUCAAAACACACCAACCGCUCCUUAUAGGAGAGAAGCCAUAUCACUGUUUGGAGUGUGGGAAGGGUUUUAAUCACCGGAAUACUCUCCGACAACACCAGCGUAUUCACACAGGUGAGAAGCCGUACCACUGUUCGGAGUGUGGGAAGAGUUUUAAUCACCAAACUAAUCUCCAAACACAUCAAAGAAUUCACACAGGAGAGAGACCGUAUCAGUGCUCAGAGUGUGGGAAGAGUUUUAAUCAACACACUAAUUUCCAAACACAUCAACGAAUUCACACAGGAGAGAGACCGCAUCAGUGCUCAGAGUGUGAGAAGGGCUUUACUCAACACAGUACUCUCCAACGACACCAGCUCAUUCACAUGGGAGAGAAGCCGUACCACUGCUCGGAGUGUGGGAAGAGUUUCAAUCGGCAAAGCAAUCUCAAAACGCACCAGCGCAGCCACACGGGAGAGAAGCCGUAUAAUUGCUUACAGUGUGGCAAGGGCUUUGCACAACUGGGUCAUCUUAAACAGCACCAGAACAUUCACUCUGGAGAAAAGCCGUAUAGUUGUUUAUACUGUGGGAAGGGUUUUGCCCAUGUGGGCGAUCUUCAAAAACACCAGACCGUUCACACGGGAGAGAAGCCGUACUGCUGUUCGCAGUGUGGAAAGAGUUAUACUCAGCCGAGCAGCCUCCAAAUACAUCAGCGUAUUCAUACGGGAGAGAAGCCGUAUCAGUGUUCGCAGUGUGGGAAGAGUUUUACUAAAGGAGGCACUCUGAAGGCACACCAGCGCAUUCAUACAGGAGAGAGACCCUAUGAGUGUUCGCAUUGCGGGAUGAGUUUUAACAGACAGGAUAAUCUCCAGCAACACCAGCGCAUUCACACUGGAGAGAAGCCGUAUCGAUGUUUAGAGUGUGGGAAGAGUUUUAAUCGAGAGGACGCUCUGCAAGAACACCAACAUGUUCACACAGGACAGAAACCCUAUUACUGUUCAGCAUGUGGGAAGAGUUUUACUAGACAUAGUAGUUUCCAGCAACACCAGCGCAUUCACACGGGAGAGAAACCGUAUCACUGCUCACAGUGUGGGAAGAGUUUUCGUAACCAGAGUAAUCUCCUAAAACACCAGCGCAUUCACUCAGGAGAAAAGAUGUAGUGCUCAGAGUGUGGGAAGAGUUUUAAUUGAGAGGACACUCUCCACGUAUAUCAGCGUAUUCACACGGGAGAGAACCCGUACGUCUGCUCAUAGUGCGGGAAGAGUUUUAGUCAGCUGAACACUCUCAAAACACACCAGCGCAUUCACGCGGGAGAGAACUCUGAUGCACUUGAUGCAUGAGUGCAGGAAGGGUUUUAUUGAAGGAGUACCCUGCUUUAUAUCUAGGAUUGGAAUCAGCCAGGUACAAUAAACAUUGCCUGAGCACAUAUUUAAACCAAAAACCAGCCAGUUACAAGAUAUAGCAGAUCAAUCGCCCAUUCUUAUGUUAUGCUCACAAGACCAAGAAAUUUUUCAAAUUUUGCCAUUUUGUUGUGGAGUUGGAAAUUGGGGCUGUUUUUGAUCUGUUUGUUUGGGAUUGUGUUGUGUUUUGUGAGGUUUGGUGGUGCGUUUGCUCCUGGGUCAUGGGUCAUGUUUGGUGUGGGAGGUGCAUAUAACGUGGGUUAACCUUCUAACCGGCGCGGAUGGAAAUGGAGAGCUGGGAAGCACACCCUUUUUUGACCACGCUCCUGCACGCCAAUUCACAAUAAGUAAUUUUACAUUAAAUUCAAUAGUAAGGUUUCAUUUCAACAAGUUUUCAUUCAUUAUUUGUUUUUGUCAAGAAAAAUAAAGGUUUUUUUAUCUA